AUAAUUAAAAUAUAUCAAAAAAAUUCCAAUUAUUAAUUAAUUUAUUGCUUGUAAAAAAAAACAAACUUCCUACAUAGAUAUUAAAAUUUCUAUUAACUCUAACAAGGAGGAAAGUAUAUAGAAGAUUAAAUGGCCUCACAUCAAAAUAUUAUUUAGAAUAAUAGCUUGUCAUUAGUAAAUUUAGGUAUUAUAUAGUCCUAAGGUUUAGAAAUAACUCUUAGUAAUCUUUCUAAUAUUGACUAAUCUAUAAACAACAUUCUCUCUAGAUUUUAAAACAAAUAUAACUAAUAUAAAGUUAAUAUUUAAGAUUAUUUACAAAGAAUCAACAACUGCUAAAAAAAAAUUCUAGCUUUAUAGUAACAAAAAAAAGCUAUAACUUUUGUUAGCCCAUCUUAAUUAUGCUAAAAGUAUAAACCUUCCCAAAAUAAUAAAUAAUCUUUAACAUAAGAUUAUAAAUAAAGACCUGACUUUUCUUAUACUUUAAAUACCUUUAAUUAACUAUUUAAAACUGAAUUAGAAUAUUAAGGCCCUUUUAUUAAUGAUGAAGCAUUUGAUUUUGAUGAAGAGUUAGCUUUAUAAACUCAUAAAUUAAAGAAUAGAGCAAAAAAUCUAUUAGCACAUUGUUCAGCAACUUUAGAUGAUAAUGAUGCUCCUUUAGGAACUUAUCCAAAAAGAAUUAAGUGUGCAGAAAGUUUGCUUGUCCUAAAUACAAAAACAAAUCCUUUCAGAAAAAAUCAACAAAAAGACAAUCUCCUCAUCAUUAACAAAAAUCGUCAAAGAUUGAAAAGAUAAAGAGAUCAGAGUCCAAUAAACUCUUUACAAGCUGCUCCUCUAGGAAUAAAAGACUAAAUAUAGAUUUAUUAAAUUUCUGAUCUCAUUUAUAAACCUGAUAAACGCUAAAUAUUAAAUGAAGUUGCUAUUCCUUAGAAUUUAGAUUUAGAAGGAAUUGCAGAUUUUGAAAAUGAGGAUAAUUGCUAAAGUUAAAUGUAGUUAUCAAAAAGUUGCCUGAUUUAAAAUCCUUAAAUUUCAGAUCCAUAUGAAAAUUUGUAACCAAACAUAGAUUUAUCAAUUAAAAAUCUUCAAAAUAACUAGUCUUAAUAGAUAAUAAACGAAGAAGUGAAUCAAAUUUAAAAUAUUUAUCAAGAAGACUAACUAGAAAACUCAAAUGAUCAUCAAAAGUCUCAAUUAAAUAUCUAAUAACUUCCAUUUAUGAGAAAUUCAUUAGAAAAUAUUAGAGAUAUGGCUCUUAUGAAUUAAAAUAAAAUCAUUUAAUAAGAAGACACGUAUUUAUUAUCUUAGCAAUAAAUAUAUAUUGCAUCCGAAAAUGAAAAUUAGUAAUAAGUAGAAGUUUAAUGCAAUGAUUAGCACAGUUUUCAAAAAGAGAUAUAGCAGUAUAAGUUUAAUCUUAAACCAACAAUUACAAAUGAAAGAGGUAGGAUAAAUUGUGGUUCAAUCUAAUAGCUUAUAGUAAAAACUCAAGAAGAUUAAAUUGAUAUCAAAAGUAUUAUGAAUAUUAGAAGACUAGAAAGAUAACCACCUUCUAAAUAGGGAAAAGGUCCUAAAAAUAGAGUUGGGUACUUUUCAGAUAGUUCAGAAGAUACUGAUUAAGAUAACUGA